AUGGCUCCUCGUGAGGAGCUGAUUGCCUCAGCUAUUACCUUCCUACAGGACCCCUCGGUCGCAUCUUCGCCAAUUGAGAAGCGAGUUUCAUUCCUCCAAUCCAAGAACUUAACCCAAGAGGAGGUCGAUAUCGCCUUAUCGCGAGUGGGCGAGGACCCAUCUGCCGCGGCCGCAGCCACAGCUGCUUCGUCCCCGGCGCCCAACUAUUCUUCACAACAGGUUGCUUACCGGCAACCACCACCUCCUCCUCAGGGAUAUGGAUACCCCCCAUAUAACCAAUGGCAACCGCCUCCUGAGCCACCCAAGAGAGACUGGCGCGAUUGGUUUAUUAUGGCAACAGUGAUGGGCGGAGUUGGCUACGGAUUGUAUUUUGUCACCAAGGUUCGAUACUCUCCUCGUUGUACAUGGUGGAAUGGCACUGACCGAAAUGCAGCGUUAUAUCUCACCUUUAAUCGCCCCGCCGACUCCCCCCAGUUGGAGCAAGAUAUGGAGAACAUCGAUGAACAAUUUUCGCGCGCAUUUACUCUGAUUGAACAACUCUCAACUGAUACUGCUGCCUUGAAGUCCGCCGAAGAAGCCCGAACUGAGCGUCUCGAUAGCGCUCUCAAGGAUGUGGAGACUCUUGUCGCUGAUCUCAAGAACUCAUCCCGCCGGAGAGAUGAUGAAACUCGUCGCAUCAGCGAUGAAGUCAAGUCAUUGAAGGAUGCUAUUCCUAAGGCCCUCGAGGGUGCUCGGGAAGGUAAUGAGAACCGAUUGAAGGACCUCGGAACCGAGCUCAAGAGCUUGAAGGUCUUGCUAGGUAACCGCCUUGGUAGUAGCGGAGCUACUCCUGUUGCUGGCCGUACUGUUGGAUCUACUCCUAUCCCCACUGCUCCUCGUCAGACUUCGGAGGAAACUCCCGCCAGCUCCACCACCCCCGCUCCCUCCAAUGGUCUCGCUGCCUCUGUUACCCCAGCCGAACAAGAGCCCACCCAGGCCACUGCCGCAGCCACCCCAGCUGCUUCCAGCCCAAACACCAACAACCCCCUCGCCAAGCUCGGUCGGUCAGCCUCCAUCCCAGCUUGGCAAAUGGCCGCAGCCAACCGGUCCAAGGCCAACUCGGAAUCGAGUCAGCCUUCUACUCCGGCUGAGGCGGCUGCUAGCCCCAGCCAGGAGCAGGCUGCUCCUCCCAGUUAA